UACAAACCCAAGAACAAAAUCUUGAAAAUGGUCUUCACCAUAGCUUUCCAUUGAUUUCCCACCGUUCUAGUCCUCAAAAAAUCACCCGAUCUUCUGCAAUUUAGAAAGUACCACAUGGUGCAUUUUUGUUUAUAAGCCACAAAAGAUUUGCUGUCAGCACACUCUCAAAAGAUUUGAAUUGAUACACUUCGUUCAAGAACCCCGACUCAUCGUCAGUGGCGGAUCUAGAAAAUUUACUUAUUGGGGGCAUAAGUAGAGUAGUAGAGAAGAGAUUUUUGUUAAGGGCACCAAAGGACUCAAGAUAUUGCAAAAGUUAAGUGUGUGAAGGAUGUCGAUCAGAGGAUAUUAAUGGACGAUAGAGAGAUAAAAGAGAGAUGGAGGUCAUACUUUGAUACACUAUUCAACGGGAACAAAACACAAAUAUGAGUGAUUUUUCCAUACCAGAUUAUAUGGUAAAUCGUGAUUUUGUGAGAAGGAUCUAAACAACGGAAGUUAAAGAAGCUCAGAGGAAGAUGGGACGUAAGAAAGCAAUGGGUCCAGAUGGCAUACCGAUCGAGGCUUGGAGAAGUUUGGGAGAGAGAGGCGUCGAGUGGUUAACAAGUUUCUUUAACUUGAUUUGGAGAAACAACAAGAUACCAACGAGUUGGAGGAAGAGUACUCUUAUCCCCUUAUUUAAGAAUAAAGGUGAUGUACAAGAAUGUGCCAACUAUCGAGGGAUUAAGGUUAUGAGUCACACCAUGAAACUUUGGGAGCGAGUGAUUGAGCAAAGACUUCGAAGAACUGUGAAGAUUUCAGAGAAUCAAUUCGGUUUUAUGCCUGGUCGCUCAACAAUCGAGGCCAUUCACCUUCUUCGGCAACUUAUGGAGAAGUAUAGAGACGCUCAUAAGGAUCUGCAUUUGGUGUUCAUUGACUUAGAAAAUGCAUAUGAUAGGGUACCUCGAGAAGUUCUUUGGUGGGCCUUAACUAGGAAAGGCAUAUCACACAAGUAUAUCAGUUUCAUCAUCGAUAUGUAUGAGGAUUGUACUACAAGUGUCCGUACUAGUAUAGGGAGGACCGAAGAGUUCCCUAUUACUAUCAGAGUGCACCAAGGAUCAGACUUGAGCCCUAUUUUAUUUGCCAUAGUCAGGGAUGAACUUACGAAGUCAAUUCAAGACGAUAUACCGUGGUGCAUGAUGUUUGCC